UCUCCUCAGUAGCAGCAGAAAGUUAGUUUAGUGUAUAGAGGAAGGUGAUUUGCAAUGAGAAGACUCCUCUGACACUACUUAUUGAACAUGGGCUGCUGCUUCAGUAAAGAAUUGAGUAACAGCACGAAUGAGGAGAAAAUCGGCUUGUUACAAAAAUCUGUGGAAGAGGAAGCACCAGAGUCAAGGAUAAGUAAAACUUCAUCUUCAAUUUUAGGAACUGUGGAAAGCCAGGAUCUGCAUACAGCGGGAAGGACGGUUAAUGGGGCAGCUGCGAUAGUCAGCAUUGAAUGCGUUCGUAGUGAUGAUUAUGUAGCGUCAAAUUCUAAAUUUGGGUUCUGGGAUAGAAAAACAAAAUAUCCGUCGUACAAAAGCGUGGAGAAUACUCCACAUGAGAGCUCUAGGAGAGCGUAUGACAGACCUUUUAGCUUCUUUAAUUCCUUUAGUCACCUCCUGAAGGUCUCUGGUACAUAUGGAAAUCUGCAGAAAAGUGAAGAAAAGAAAGAUAGGGUUAUUAAAAAAAGAGUACCUAAAAAAUCUAAUAGUAAUGGUCAGCACAUGAACAAUACAGAAAAUAUUAAUAGUAAAAUUAAAAAUGAAAAUCUAGCUGUAGAAGAGCAUUGCUUGUUUGAUCAUAUUUCUACUUCACAUGUACCAGACAUCCUAGACGAAGGCUUACAGGGUGAAAUUUCCUUAAAUAGAAAUUUUCUGGAGGAUUAUGCAGUUACGUGUGACCAUUCAAGGCAGAAUGAAACAACAGUACACGUUGAAGACAGCAAGAGUGACAGCCUACAAAAGGUUUCAAGUUCACAUAGAGAGAUGUCUCCAACAUUUUCCUGUCUUGAUGUAGACGACAGGCAAAAUACAAAAGAUAGGGAGUUUUACAGUAUUUGUGUUGUAGAUGCUGAAGAUCUGAGAGUGGAUGAAGAGGUGCCAGCUACUGCGCAUGAAGAGGCUGCAGCAGACGUAGAUAACUCAGCUGUUACCAAUGAAGGAAUGUGCAGCAUGGCACGACCUCUAGACACUGGGGAGGAAUUUCCAAUGCAGCAAUCGGCACAAGUGGAAGCUAAGUUUAAUUCACAGAAAGAACUGUUUGAGUAUAAAAAAGAGGAUAGGUCAAACAUGCAGAAAAAGGAAACAAAGGAAUAUUGUAACAUAGACAUCCAAUCUUCUUAUGAUAACUUACUGGCUAACAGGUGUCAGGUGCGUAGGUUAAAUACUGACAAUACAGUAACAGAUGGCUUAAGAGCGAAAGUAUAUGAUGAAGUCGUCCCUGAUAAUCGACAAGGGGAGGUAUAUACCAUAGGUAAUGCUGUUAGUUGGAAUGAAUCACUCCAUAGAGCUUGUGAUUCUGUAAAAUUUGUAGAUGCUGCUGAAGAGGACCGAUACAGCCCUAAUUCAGAAAACGUGAAACACAGUGGUUGUAUUUCCAGUGUAUUGUUAAAUACUGGAAUAUGUAAUUCAGGAAAAAUUGAGGGUAGUCAUGAUUCUGAGAUUGUACCAUUUGGUUUAAAUAGGCAUCCCUCGAGUGUUGUAAGGGAAAUAAAUAUUAAACAGAUGGCAGAGAACAUGAGGGGUAACUUCAAAUUAUCAUUAGAGUUACAUGAAAUGGGCAAUGACUCUUCUUUGGUGAGUCAACAUAUAGAAAAACUUGCUGAAGAAGGCUACUUCCUAAACCCAGAAAGUGAAGUAAACUCAAAUCUGGAAAAGAGAACAUUUCAAAGAACGUAUGGUGAUAGCCAAACGUUUGCACCCGACUCCAGUGAACAUCACAGCGUGUUGGAAGGAUUCUUAAAAGAUAAAGAGAAAUGCACAGGGUUGCACUGAAAACAAGACAUCAACUGAAGUUGCAAACCGUAGUGGCAUGGAGGAAGAUGUCUGUGUGAGUAUCAU